CGGUCAAGGCGCGGGGAGCUGCUGACAGGACCUGGUCAAAAGGGGCUACCCCUAACGGAGCUGCAGCCAGAGCGCCUGGGGCAGCACGGAGCCGCAGCUUGCGGCGCGCACUCUCCUCGGAGCUCGCCAGGGUGCCUGGCCCGGCAACUCUCGGGUCCACACACUCAUCUCCGAGGACCCCCUCACCUCACCUGUGCUUGCCACGCCCCGUCUGGCCGCCGGGAUGAGCGAGCUUAAUACCAAAACACCCUCAGCAACCAACCAGGCAUCUGACCCUGAGGAAAAAGGGAAGGCUGGCAGCAUCAAGAAGGCUGAGGAGGAGGAAGAGAUCGACAUUGACCUGACGGCGCCUGAGACAGAGAAGGCUGCCCUUGCGAUCCAGGGCAAGUUCAGGCGAUUCCAGAAAAGGAAAAAGGAUUCCAGCUCCUGAAUGGCCAGCCUUCCCCUCACCCUUCUACUUCCUCUCUCCCCUCCACAGCUCUGACUCUCACAUGUCCUGUCCCUCUGUCCCUCUAGCCUCUCCCGAGGCAAGCUUAACCUAUGUAUA